AUGUAUCAGCAUUUUAUACACUAUUUCGAAGAAGGUCACCACUAUUCUCAGUCGGAUCUUGUCGUGAGUGAUCGAAGAGACAUCCUCAAGUAUUUGGAUUCACCUGAUGUUAAGAAGACUCUUGUUUUAUGUUGUCCUGAUAUCAAGUCACUUCUUGAUGAAAUCCACAAUAUGAAGCAAGUAUUGGAAAUUUAUGUGUGCAAUAUACACUUUCCAAUGCCACCUGGCGUUUCAUUACGCCAGAUUUAUCCCAAAGUGACGCUGAUCCGGUUGGAUGAUAGCAUGGCCGAUUGGAAAUCAACAGCAUAUCAUAACAUAGCAAUGUCUUAUGAGUUUGUAAAUGAACAUUUUGCUCAUGUUGACGCUUUGAAGCGUGCAUUUCAAGCGGCACAAGAGAGAGAUCAAAACCAAUAG